AUGGUUCAUAUUGAUCCCAUGAAGAUUAUGCACGCCGUUCUGAUCACCGAACGCUUAUUCAGAUCAUCAGAUCACAAGGCCGAUUACUCAGAUUACUCGAUACGGAACACAGAAAUGACAGAGCAAGGAUCACAUCUCAUGCAUAAGCAACACGAUCGUGUUAUAAUUUAUGCAUUUGAUGCAGAAACAACAGCUGAAUCCAAAUCAGCUCAUCAAGAACAACUGAGGACACGGGACGCCGACAACACAAAGAUCUGUGUUAAUAUGGAUUCUUUAAAAUCUUUGAAAAACAAAAAGAAAUUCAUGAAAUCUCGUUUAACCCAAAUUGAUAAUUUUUGUAAAGGAAUAGGAGAAAAUGCAAGUAGUGAAACAGAUAUAUCAGAAUUUGAACAUAUUUUAGCGGAGUUAAAGCCCUCUUUGAAUACAUUUCAGGAUCUAUUAAUCGAAAUGGCAAGCAUUAUUGAUGAUGAUGAGCAAACAAACAAACUAAUAGAUACUGAAAUGUGUGAUUUUCAUAAUACUUAUAGUCACAUGACCGAGGUUAAUGACUUAAAUGAACCUUUAACUAACUUUUAUUUACCUCAUCAUGGAAUUUUAAAACCACAUAGUUUAACGACAAAAUUACGAGUAGUUUUCGAUGCUUCAUAUGCGUCCGAACGAGCUUAUGGUGCAUGCGUAUAUAUACGAUCAGCUAACAAAAAUUCAAACUUUAAAAUUCAACUCAUUACUUCCAAAUCUAGAGUAGCACCAUUGCGUAACAUAACACUGCCGCGACUUGAAUUAUGUGCAGCGCACUUAUUAGCAAAUCUUAUACAAAAAAUCAAAACAGCGUUAAACAUCAACUUCGAUAGGGAAUUUUUUUGGAGCGAUUCAACAGUUGCUUUAUCAUGGAUUAAAUCUCCAUCCUACCGUUGGAAAACAUUUGUUGCUAAUAGGGUAGCCGAUAUCCAAACUAACACUGAUAUCAAUAACUGGUUGCAUGUUAAAUCACAAGACAAUCCCGCUGACUUAAUAUCACGGGGAAUUUUCGCGCGCGAUUUAAUAAAUUCUUCAUUAUGGUGGAACGGUCCAUCAUGGCUACGAUAUCCAAUAAAAAUCGAUCAGCAUAAUAACAACAUACCUACAACAGAUGAGGAAAGUCGUACUACUACCCUAAUUUCCAUUAUUGACGAAACAAAUGAAUUAUUUAAUCGCUAUUCAUCCAUCACUAAACUGAUUCGUGUCGUAGCUCAUUGUUUACGUUUUUCUAACAAUUGCAGACCAAAGAAAAAAGUGAUGGUACGCGGACCUUUACAAGUAUGUGAACUGAAUAUUUCGCGUAUGCUUUUAAUAAAGUUAUCUCAAAACGAAGCAUUCAAAAAGGACAUAAGUAAUAUAAUAAAGAAUGGGUCGGUAGAUAAAACUUCUAAUUUAAAAACGUUUAAUCCUUUUCUUGACGAAAACGGAAUACUUCGCGUUGGAGGUCGCUUAAAAAACUCAAACAUUGGUUAUAGCAAGCGUCAUCCAAUAGUUUUGCCGAAAAAACACAUAUUAACAACGUUAAUUGCGAAAUAUGAACACUUGAGACUAUAUCACUGCGGGUCUCAAAUGUUGUUAAAUACUUUACGCAAUAAUUAUUGGCCAAUGGGGGGUAGAAAUCUAACUAGAAACAUAGUCAAAAAUUGCAUAACUUGUUUCAAAGUUAAACCAACUUCAAUAAACCCAUUAAUGGGAAACUUACCAACACAUCGAAUAACCCCUCAAACGCCAUUUUCGACAUGUGGCGUCGAUUACGGAGGUCCCAUAAUUCUAAGAGAUCGCCGUACCAGAGGUUAUAAAAAAUAUAAAGCAUAUAUCUGUUUGUUUGUCUGUUUUGUCACCAAAGCUAUUCACAUUGAACUAGUAUCCGAUUUGACUGCGGAGUGUUUUUUAGCAGCUUUGAGACGAUUCACUGCACGCCGCGGCAAACCUAGCGAUAUAUUUUCGGACAAUGGCACUAACUUCGUAGGUGCAAAUUCUGAAUUAAACGAAUUAUCUAAAUUUUUACAAAAUAAAUCUAUUAAAUCUACCAUUACAAACAAUCUAUCAAUUGAGUCUAUAUCCUGGCAUUACAUUCCGGCAAAUUCUCCUCACUUUGGGGGGCUUUGGGAGGCAGGCAUUAAAUCAUGUAAAGCCCAUUUAAAACGCGUUCUUGGCAAUGCAUGCCUUACGUUCGAAGAAUUUUACACAGUAUUAACACAGAUCGAAGCAAUAUUAAACUCAAGACCACUAUCUCCAUUAAGCUCUGAUCCCAAUGAUUACAAUCCUUUAACUCCCGGCCAUUUUUUAAUUGGCAAACCACCCACAUCAAUCCCAGAUCCAUGUGUGCUUGAAAUUCCGGAGAAUAGGCUGUCAUGCUAUCAGCGUCUUCAGAGACUGACGCAACACUUUUGGAAGCGGUGGUACAAAGAAUAUAUAUCGGAACUACAAGUGAGAACAAAAUGGCACAAAUAUUCAUCAGAACUCAUUAAAGUCGGUAAUAUGGUACUAUUACGCGAUGAAAAUUUACCACCACUACGGUGGCGAUUGGGUCGAAUCAUAACACUACAUCCCGGAGAAGACGGCAUCGUGCGAGUGAUAACAGUGAAAACAAACAAUAAUUUAGUGAAACGUGCAGUAUCAAGAAUCUGUGUCUUACCAAUUGACGAUAAAUAA